UCCAUUAUCCUCAUCUCAUACCCUCUUCAUCCCUAGAAGAAUCUUGGUGUUGCAGUAAAAGUUUAUCUCCACUCUCUAUUCAUUCAUUCAUUCAUAUAAAUUUAGCUUCUUUGACUCUUCACUCACACACUCAAUGGCUGACCCAACUCAACCCCACAACUCUCCACCAACCAAACAAGAUGAUGCCGUGGCUCCUAAGCAAAUUCCAAAGCCGUUGAAUUCUAAGCUUAAUCCGCCGCAGAGAGCCCUAGUCAUCAAAGCUCCCAAGAAUCAAACCUUCAGUGUCUCUCCAUCGGAGAAAGCUCGCCGCUACCAAGAAUACACUCGCCUAAGACAACGCCCUAACCGGCGAUGCCGUUGCUUUUGUUGGUUUAUGGCAUUAACCUUCCUCCUCAUCGUGCUCCUCGGUAUUGCUACUGGCACUCUCUACCUCAUUCUCCGUCCCAAGGCGCUGAAAUACUCUAUCCAAGACAUCAACAUCAAAGGAAUGAACACAACAUGGCCAUCGUCUGAGGCAACCAUAUUGCCGAAGUUUGACCUCACUGUUAGGGCUAGUAACCCAAACGACAAGAUUGAAAUCUUUUAUGAGAAAGAUAACUCUGCUGAAAUAUUUUAUAACAACGUGAAGCUGUGUAAAGGCGUUUUGCCAGAGUUUUAUCAACCAUCAAAUAAUGUGACGGUAUUAAAGACGGUGUUAGAAGGGAUCAAGCUAGGAAGAGAGGAUCAAAAAGCGUUGGUGGAGGUGCAGACUGAAGAACAAGAAGUGUUGUUGAUCACUAAGCUAAGAUCAUACGUGAAAAUAAAAGUAGGGUCUGUUAAAACGUGGAAGAUGGCCAUUAACGUUGAUUGUGGUGUGACAUUGGAUGGACUAAGGGAGAAUCCUGAGAUUGUUUCUAGUAAUUGUGAUAAAUUUAGAGUGAAUAUUUUGUAAUGGAAAUAUGAAAUGUAAUCCAUUAGAGAUUUCAUUUUUUUAGAAUAUUACAUUUGCUUUUGUUUAAAUCUAUAAUUUUAGUUAAUUA